GCGGCCGGGCAUGGAGCAACCGGGCGGUCGGAGCUGCUCGGGCCCCAGCCCGGCGCCGGAGGAUGCAGCCCCCGCCUCGGUGAGCUUGGCGCAGCUCCUGCAGCUGGUUCAGCAGGGCCGGGAGCUCCCGGGCGUGGAGAAGCGCCACAUCGCGGCGACCCACGGCGAACCUACGUCGUCCCGGCUCCCGCGGAGGCCCAAGCCAUGGGAGGCCGCGGGAUCGGCCAAGGCCCCCGCGCCGCCCACCCUCGGAUCCCGGUAGAGGAACCGCGUGGAGGGGCCCUGCUCGGCUGAGGCAGGAACUGCGUCUUCCUGAUGGCACGGAGUGGGUUCCUGUGGCUCGAGGUCCUUCGCCUCCUAGACCUGGAAGGCGACUGUGUCCUGCAUCACCUGACCGCGGAUACCGGCCACGGUUAUUCGUCUUUUUGUGCAUUUGCCCCAACCGGUCUCAGCUGGACUUUAGCCUCCUGGGAGCGUCCUUAUAGUUGACUUUUGUAUCCGUAUUUCUGGAUCAUCGUCCUCAUUAAAAAAAAAAAAAAAAGUUUUUCAAAUCCCGUUUCAGACCUUGUAUUUGGCAAAUCUCAUCCUUUACUGAGAUGCAUUGAUGUGUUUUCAUUUUUUAAACUGCCACUGAGGACACACUUGACAGUCUGGCUCAGGGGGAAAAAAUUCUGUUAGUGAC